UACUCCAAAUACCUGUGCAAAGGUGAAAGUGAAAGUUGUGUCGCAGUUUAGGCCUGAGGUGUAGAUUGUUCUGUAAAAACGUGUAGAUAUGCACAUAUAGUCACUAUUAGAGUGGUUAUGGAUUUAAAUCAACUAUUUUGAAUGUAAAGUGGAGGACGUGAAGACCAGUAAAGUUAAAAUGGCAGAGUCCAGAGUUCAUACUCAGUUUAAACUCACCUCAGGAGACAAGGUGAAGGCUGAUGUUGGUGAAGAGGUCACCCUCCCCUGUCACCUCUCACCUGACACCAGUGCUGUUGCCACGACGAUCAGGUGGUUUAAAGGGACAGAGUGUAUUUACCUGUAUCAGAAUGGCCAGGUGACAGAGAGGAGUGGCUAUGAGGGCAGAGUGAGUCUGAUCACCCAGGAGCUGGAGAGAGGCAACGUGUCUCUGAGGCUGAGAGACUACAGGAGGUCAGAUAGAGGAGUCUACAUAUGUCAGGUCAUCCAUGGAGAACAGAAGGAGGAGGCUGCAGUGGGUUUAUGGGAUAGAGGAGUAUUUGUACGGGGAUGGGUAUUUGGAUCAGUAUCACAGUAUUUACUACAUGAGACCCAGGAGGACAAGCUGAAGAGGGAGGCAUCAGCUGGUGAGCUUGAGUUGAAGAUGGAAAAAGAAUUAAAAGAGAUAUUAAGACAGGAGAUGAUGAAACAACUAGAGGAGAAAGACACCCAACUGGAUGAUAUGACCCAGGAAGUGAGAGAGAAAGAGAGACUCCUGGAGGAGAAGAACCAGAUAAUGGGACAGAGGGAGAAACUAUUAGAAGAGAAAGAAAACCAACUGGAAGAGAAAGACAAGCAACUAAAGGACAGAGACAUUCAACUAGAGAUACUGAGAAAGAACCUGCAGGACAAGAACAGCCAAGUAGAGAACUUCAGAGUCCUACUGCAGGACAAAGACCUUCAACUAGAGGACAGCAACCACAGACUGGGAGAGAAGGACAGACUACUGGAAGAGAGAGACAAACAGCUGGAAGAGAGAGACAAACAGCUGGAAGAGAGAGACAAACAGCUGGAAGAGAGAGACAAAGUACUGGAGGGAAAAGAAAAGGAACUAAAAGAGAGGAGGCAGGAAGUAGAAGAGAAAUAUAACCUACUAGAGGAGAGAGAGAAGCAGUUAAAGGAAAGAGACAAACAGGUGGAGGAUGUCAACAAUGAAAAUGCUGAACUGGCUCAACAGAUAUGUGAUGUGAAGACUGAGGUAGAGAGACUGAGAAGAGAGAUCUCAGCCCAGAUGACUGAACAUGGAGAGACGUCAGAUACAGGUUCCAUACUCCCAGUCAGGAGGAGAGACAGCAAGGAGCUUCCUCCAUACAUGGGAGGAGAGACCUCAGAUACAGACCCCACACUUCCACUGAGGAGGAGAAACAGCAUGGAGUUAAUUCCUCCACUUAUGGGAGGAGAGAGCAGCAGUCCAGACUCCCCAGUGUCUCCCAGUGUGUCUGAGCUGAGACUGGUGCUGCUGGGGAGGACUGGGGCUGGGAGGAGUGCAGCAGGAAACACCAUCCUGGGCAGAGAAGAAUUUGGGGCCCAGGCCAGCCCCUCUGCAGUGACCCAGAGGAGUAAGAGGAGAGGGGGGGACGUGUGUGGGAGACGGCUGGUGCUGGUGGACACUCCAGACUGGUUCUGUCCUGGACUCUCUCUGGAGGAGAUGAGACAGGAUGUGGGGCUCUGUGUCCGUCUGUCUGCCCCGGGACCCCACGCCUUCCUCCUGGUCAUACCAGUGGAGCCCUCUAAGGGGGAGGAGAGAGGGGUGCUGGAGAGAAUAGAGGAGAUGUUUGGGGAGGGUUUUUGGGGACACACUGUGAUUCUAUUCACCCAUGAUGAUGGCCUGAAAGAGCAGAGCAUUGAGGAGUUUCUCCAAGCAGGAAGUCAGGACCUCCAGCAGCUUGUAGAGAAAAGUGGGAGCAGGUACCACGUCCUCAACAUUAAGGACAGGGGCCCAUGGCACUCAGGUAUCAGAGCUGCUGGAGCAGGUAGAGGAGAUGGUGGCAGGAAACAGAGAUAGAUUCUACAGCAGUCAGACCUACCAGGAGGCAGAGGACCAGGUUAGAGAGAUGGAGGGAAAGAUCCAGAGAGAGAGAGGAGAGAGGAAACAGAGGGACGAGAGAGACUUGAGAGAGAGACUUGAGAAGGAGUUGCAGGACUCUCUGAUAAAGAUAGAGGGAGUGAUCCAGGAACAUGAGGGAGAUAUCAGAACACUCAGUGAAAGAACCAGUGAACUGGAGAGACAGGUGAAAGAAGAGAGGGAUGAGGAGAAGAAAAGAGAGCUGGAGAGGGAGCUGAAGAGGGAGUCUGAUAGGAGGGAGGAGAUGGAGAGAAAGCUGGAGAGAUUUAGAGAGAAGAGAGAGAAUGAGAGGAGGGAGAUGGAGGAGAGACACAGACAGGAGAUGGAGAACUAUGAAGGAGAGGCCAGAGUUGAAGCAGAGAGAAACCUGAUGAAGAUAGUCCUACCUGAGUUACAGAGGAACGUGAUGAUCUCACAGACAAAGAUGCAGAGAGAGUUCAGCAGACAGAUGGAGGAGAAGAAUAGACAGAUGAAGGAGAAGGAUAGACAGAUGAAGGAGAAGAAUAGACAUAUGGAGGAGAAGGAUGGAGAAAUGGAGAGACUAAGACAGAACUUGAAAGAGGUCAGGGAAGCUCACUCAGUGUUGCAGAAGAGACUGGAACGAGAGGGGAGAGGUCAGAGGGCACUGAUAGGGAUGUUGGGCUGGGUCAGGAGAAACUCAUCAAGUUGGCUUCUCCACAAUCUGAUAUGAUUCACCAUCACCGUCUAUGUGUAGAACCAGACCAGGUCUACUGUCCACUGUACCGUGGUGAGUGACCAUGGAUCAUGGUGGUCAUGGGGGAAACAGGU